UACUGUGAGAGCUGUGAUUGGUCACAGCUUGUCACAUGGUACAAGGCUGUUGUGAAUAGCCCUGUACCUUGUGAUCUCGGGGAUCAUUCACAGAUUUCACAAGUAGUAAGCAAUGAUGUCAGGAUGUGAGACAGAUAAAGCUUUUAUUUUGGUGUAAGCAAUGAUGUCAGGAAGUGACAUCUUGUUUACUACUGUUCCUGUGAUCACUGAUUGGCCAAUCGGUGAUCACAUGAUCGGGACCUCACACAGAGGUCCCGUACAGCGAUCGGGGUUCCGCUGUGUCCCAGGGAGCGGGCACAGGCAGUGGAUGCGGGGGGAAAUUUAGAAACGUCCACCCGCUCUGGCAGCGCUCCUGUCCGGCCCUUUAUGUACAUGGGCCGGACAGGAAGUGGUUAA